AUGCGCCACAGGCAGCUCGACUCAUCGGGACCCAUGCAAGGGCAUCGGAGCGUGUUCCGGGUGCCCAACUAUAAACCUCAACCAACCGUCUCAGAUGAACCAUGUGAAGACCCAGUUGAACGGGUCUAUCACUCCCGCCGGACGCACCGCAAGUCCCGCGCCGGCUGUGCUGCCUGCAAGCAGCGUCGAGUCAAGUGCGAUGAAACAAAGCCCGACUGUCUCCGCUGCCAAAAGCAUGGCGUCGAGUGUAACUACUCGGCUGCGCCUCCGAGCCGACCGACCAGACACAUUGUCAAUCGGUUCCUCGAAUCUCGGCCUAGCCUGCUAUCCGUAGACUCACUAGCCUCGUCUAUGUCUCUCCUAGUGGUGGCUGAAAAGUUAGAUGAGCUACUACGACCGGAAACUUCAUCCCCCUCAAGCUCAGAAUCAUCCGCCUCGCCGCCUUCGAGGCGUGCGCUGGAAGCCUUACAUCACUUUCACCGCGUCACCAUCGAGAGCGGCCAAGCGAAUUCAGAGCUUGGCGUAAUGAUGGGAAAAGUGACCCGGCUUGCAUUCGAGUCCCCGUUAUUGAUGCACAGUCUUAUUGGCGUGGCUACUAGUCACCUCUGCGGCGUUCUGCCGAACAAUAGCUCAUACCGCGUCGCGGAAUCGUACCAUUGGCAACAAGCGAUACAAAAGUACACAAAGGAAGUAUCAUCCGGGCCCACGGCGGAGAACAUGGACCCGUUAUACUCCGCAUGCAUCCUGAUCACGAUUCACAGCUUCGCCAUCGAAGAAUUCAAUCCCCGCUCCUCGUUUGUUUUCUCGGAUGAUCCCGCGGACCUGAACUGGUUGCGUCUGCAAGGGGGACUACGCUACCUACUCGAACGCACGAGGAUGUGGAUGCCGGAUAGUAUGUGGUGGGCAUACUUCAUGCACGCCCACGACGAGAAUCUCAAUUACGAAGAUGAUCGGCCUGGCCGGGUUGAUCUAGACCCGGACUUUGCGGAUCUCUGUCAUGUCGAUGAAGGUUCUACUGUGGGGAAUAAUGCGUAUCUUUGGCCGCUGAGGAUGUUGACUAAUUUACUUGCUCUUGAGCGGACGAAGCGGAAUCAUCAGAAGUACUAUAAUUGGAUGGGGAGGUUGGAGCCUGAGUAUUAUGAUUGUUUGUUGAGAAAGGAGCCGCCGGCGCUGAUGCUUUUGGCUUGGUGGCUUGCGCUCAUGGCUGUUGUUGAGGAGUGGUGGAUUGAGACUCGCAUUCGUUCGGAGUGCACUGCCAUCUGUAUGAAAUUGGAGGAUAGUCGGGAUCCUGUCUUGUUGAGAUUGUUGGAGUUUCCGGCCGAGUCUUGUGGGUAUCUUCUGAGGCAUGUGCAAGAGCGGAAUGUUGUAGAGAUGUUGGAGAAUCCGUUGUUGGCGUAG